UGCAGAUUGAGGUGAAGGAAACCCGGGAAAUGAUGGUGGAGGCCAACAACCAGGAGUACGCCUUCAACUUCCUCCAGCAGUCCCUGAAGAACAAGAUCCAGGAUGCUGAGGACAACCUGGAGAAGCAGACCCAACACGCCCAGUCUCUGGCCGAGAAGCUGUGGCUGGCAGAGAGGCAGCUGGAUGAGCUGGAGUUGGACAAAGAGACCCGAGACAAGAAGACGUCUGAGCUCAACAGCACCAUCCUCAGGCUGGAGGAGGAGCUCAGCGAGGCGCUGCAGUCGUCCCCAGAACUCAGCAGAACUGAGCCUCCACCUGAAGCUGCGUGAAGACGCCCAGAUGAGGGUGGAGGAGCUGGAGGAGGUGCUGCUGGAGAAGGACCAGGAGAUCCAGAAGCUGCAGCUGCUGGUCAGCAAGCUGCAGGGAGAGGUGUCCGGGAAGCUGAUCGAUAAGGAGCGCAGCCUGGAGGAGGAGAUCCAGCUGCGGGAGCGGCUGCAGCUGCAGUGCAAACAGGCCGAGCGCACGGUGGACGACCUGACCAUGGAGCUGCACAGCACCAACCAGGCCAAGGACGACCUGGCCAAGCAGCUCAAGGUGGCCCAGGAGAAGCUGAUCGAUGUGGAAACGGACUUGGAGGAUCUGCUGGAGAGCGAGCAGCGCUGGGCCGCCAAGCACAAGAAGACCAUCGAGCAGACGGAGCAGCUGCAGAUGAAGCUGAUUCAGGAGAAAGAUCUGAACGACCAGCUGGAAACGGAUAAGACCUUCAUGGAGAGACAGAUCAGGGAGCUGCGUAUGGAAGUGGAGGAGCUGCACAGCUCCAGGGUCCAGGAGGAGGUGGUGUCCCGGGCCGAGAGCCGGGCCAAGGAGCUGGAGAGCGCGCUGAGGGCCGAGGAGAGAAACAAGGCGACUCUGACAAACUCCAUCAAUAAACUGGAGAGGAAGAUCAACGAGCUGAACGACCAGCUGGAGGAGGAAACCCGCAUCGCUAACGAGCAGAAAGAACUGAUGACACAGAGGAUGCGCACGCUGAAGCGGCAGCUGAACGAGGCGGAGGAGGAGGCGACCAGGAAGGAGGCGCAGUACCGCCACCUGCAGAGAGAGCUGACGGAGGAGAGGGAGACGAGCAGCCGGCUGCAGCGCCAGCUGCUGGACCAGCACCUGCAGACCAAACGUAAAGACAACCUGACGAUCCGUCAGACUCUGGACAGCCUGAGGUUGGACCUCAGCGGAGACGAAGACGACGACGAAGAGGCGGAGAAGCCGCCGAGUGAACCACCAACCAGCGUGACUAAAGUUUAACCUCCCAGCGCCACCUUCCUGUGGAGAAAUGGAUUCAUUUGCAGGAAACCAGCAGAUCUGCUGCAGCAGAAACACAGAAAUGACUUUUAGCUGCUUGGAAAUAAUCUCAUGUUUCCGUGAAAAUUCUUCACUUUAAACCAGCUGAGAAAUUCAAUGAGAUGAAAUCUGGUGCUCGGUUGUAGAAACACUUUGCUUUCGGGUUGUUCCUGCCGUGAAAACACAAGCAGGUUCAAAUCAGGACUCUCUUUUCCUCUUUUCAUGUUUUUAAGAAGUUAAAUUUCCUCGGCGCCCUCUGCUGGUGGACACCAUGAACUACAACCGCUUCAUUUUGCACUCAGCUCUUUGCUUUCAAAAUGUUUAUAGAUGUGAUCUAGAAGAAAACUUUGAGGAAAAUGUUUAAGUUUCUCCUAAUAGAAAAUAUAGAAUAAGCUCUGAGAAGAAAACUGUCUGAAACGCCUCGGUUUUUAUUUUCUGUACAGAAACUCGUUUAUCUGCAGUAUUUUAGUUUAAGAUGCUUCAACGGGUCGUGAAAGUGUCUGUGGGAUCUUUGAUUCGUGUCUCUUUUCAUCUCAAUCGCAGCAAAGAUUAUUUAUAUGUUUCGAAGUCUUCCUGGGAGAUCUUAACAGUUCAUUUUGUUUUGCAUAUUUAAAGGGUUUGCUGCUGUUUUAAUGUAACUCUGCCAUUCGUGUACAGAAGUUGUUUGAACUUUAUCGGGUGAGGAAACCGUUCACCUUCUGUGGUUUGCAACAAAAGGAAAUCAGAAAUAUAACCUUUAGUCCAUAAGCCGGUGGAUUUGUGUCGUGUUUACAAUGUUUCUCAUUUUAAAUAAAAGCACAAGCUUUUAUUUAAAAAACACAUUUAGUUUUCUCUCAUAUUGGGUAUUUAUUUUUUACCCUUCGGUACAAAAUAAACUUUAACUUUGA